UCUCAUGCUUUUUGGCAAAUCAUAUGUUCCCUUUUCGAUAGUAACUUCCACUAACAUCUCUAACAUCUCUCAAAAAGCAAAGAAAAGCAGCAACACGGAGCGGAGUGUGCCGAGCAAAAAGAAACGGGGAAAAAGCGGAAAAGCAACCACCAGCAAAGAAAACGCUGAAAGAGAGUAGGGCCUACCGCCGCGUUCUUCGCUACGCGAUUCUUCGGAAGAUAAGAUACUCUACCUACCACCCCAGGACUUGGCUGUCUGGGCCGUAAAGUAAACAAAAAGUUGAGAAGCAUUCGUGGAGCAUUCCAUGAUUUGCUGCUGAGUGGAGACACGGAGACUGUUGCCCCAGGCUCUGUCACCUGGUUGUGUGUUGGGUCGUCGCCCCCUCAUCCUCCUGCGUGGGAUGAGCGCCGCGCUUGUUUUCGAGCUGGUGUGCUUUCCCGAUUCGAACGAAAAGGAAGCAUCAACAAUUUAUCCCUCAUCCUGGGCUUAAUCCUGGCCAAAAUUCGCAUAAAAAUCGCUCGAAACGAAACGAAAAACGGUGAAUUUUUGCUCUGUCGUGAGAGAGCUUCAGUGCAUGUGUAUGUGUGUGCGGUGUCCUGUGUGUCCUGCGUUCUGUGCGUGCAAGUGUGAGUGAGUGACAGCAGCAGCAGCAGCAGCAAAGGAAGCUGAGAAGAAGAAGAAGCAGCAGCAUCCUGAAAGCCAGGAAAAAGCGAAGCGAAACAAAAAUAUAUAAACAGUCGUUCGGCGAUGGAGGAAUGCCGCUGAGGAGACGCCAGGAGCUGGAACAACAGGAUCGGGAUUAGGCUGGCAAGACAGCAUCCUCCGAUGCCACCGCAUAGACAUAGAUACAGAUACAUAUACGGCUGCGGAUACGGAUACACACACCAGCGCACGGCAAUGUCCCUGCUUUCCUCGUCCAGGCAGCGGCGCAUUAUGCAGUGAUUAUACACAACAUCCAGUCCCCAGUCCACGUCGCGCGUAAUCUCCGAUCUCACGGCUCCCAGCUCCAAGUCCUAGCACCCCCGAGCCCAAACACCCACACCGCAUAUACCCAAUAGAACCGGCAAAGGAGCACCAGAGAUUCCGCUGAACGCCUCAAGAUGACCACGGAUUUUCUGUUCCCCAAGAUAGCGGACUGCUCCUAUGUGUCCUGUUACUGUGAGGAGAACGUGUGGAAGCUCUGCGAGCAGGUGAAACGAACGCGGCCCGAGGAGCUGUCCAAGUGCUAUGCGGUCUUUGUUUCCAAUGAGGGUCGCACUGUGCCCCUGUGGCGUCAAAAGGCGGGUCGUGGCGAUGAUCAAGUUGUGAUAUGGGACUACCACGUCUUUUUUAUGCACAAUCCCUCGCCGAAUCGCUGCCUGGUGUUUGAUCUGGACACCACGCUGCCCUUUCCCACAUAUUUCCACAAGUACGUGACGGAGACGUUCCGCUCCGAUCUGGCCCUGCGACCGGAGCACCACAGAUUCUUCAGAGUCAUACCCGCAGACACAUAUCUCAUUGAGUUCUCCUCGGAUCGACGUCACAUGCGUCGGCCGGAUGGCAGUUGGAUCAAGCCUCCCCCCUCAUAUCCACCCAUUCUCUCCAACACCAACUUGCACUGUCUGGGGGACUUUAUCUGCAUGAGCGCAGGCAAGGGUCCUGGAGCGGUCUACAGCCUCUCGGAGUUCGUGCAGAAUUUCUACAAGUCACCCCAUGUGAUGGCGCAGAACAACAAGUAGAGAGCGAGUCCCUAAAAAGGAUAUCCAGCAUCCUGCAUCUACAGCAAAACACAUCUCAUCCAAAUACAAAGCCGUAUCGAAAUCGUUUUGUCGUUGUCGUUACCAGACAGUUAAUUACCAAUUGCAUACAUAUACAUACAUACAUAUACACGCAAACAUAUAAACAUAAACAUAUAAAGCAUAUAUAAGUAUAAAUAUAUACAUAUACAUAUAAAUAUAAAUAUAUUUAUGAUAAUGUAUUUUUGUAUUCAGGUUAACAGCAAAAAUCAAGUGCAGAAGAAGGUUACAACAGACGCUGGCGCAGCUCUUCGCGUUCAUUUGUAUUGAAAUUCAAUUCUAAAGAAAUUAUAAAUCUAAUUAUACAUUUUUUUAUUGU